AUGGUGCAUGUCUACAACUGCCAUCCCUUCACCUCACAGCAAAUUGUGCAGGCGGAGCAGGAACCUGGUCUGGUCUGCUGUGGAGGUGGAGUCCUGUUUGUGGUGGCAACUGGAGGAUGCAAGGUGGAAGCUUAUAGCCUGAAGGAGGGCUGUCCUCUCAUCUGCCGCUUUGCCACCAUGGGCACUGUGAGGAGCAUCCAGCACAGCAAAAUAGGAGACUAUCUGGUAACCAUCGAGGAAAAAAACAGCGCUACCUAUCUAAGAGCCUACACCAACUGGCGCUACCAGGCAGAGGAGAAGGCCCGUGUUGGGGUGCGUUUGUUGGGCCAUUUGUUGCGUGGGGCGUCUGUCUGGGGUGCGGUGCAGAUGGAGAUCAUUGAGAUCCCUCUUUCAGAGCGUCCCAUUGCCGUGGCCUGUUGCUCCAUAACAGGAGACCUUCUGGUGGCGUGCGAGAACACUCUGGUUCUCUUUACAUUGAGGAGACAGAACCAACAGAACCUGACUUCAAGUUCAAAUCCAAAUGUUUCUGUCCUGGAUUUUGAGCGCUCUGUCAUUUUGCAUAUUCCAAAAAUGACUCCAAAGCAGGUGGCACUGUGUGGAGGAUAUGUCGCGGUCCAGACAGAGCUGGAAGUUCUAGUGCUAAGACUGGAGGCCACAUCUGAGCUGACAGCUGAGGAAGAGCCAGUGGACACUAAGAGCGAGUAUUUCGAAGACCACAGCGACUUUCUGAUGGUACAGAGAAACCAGGAGCUGCUCGGUAACCGGGCGAAAGACUGUGACAUCACUGUGAGCAUUGAAAAGACCGGACUGGAGGACAGAAGACAGUUCAAGCUGUCCUACGCUCUUUUCAGGCGAUUUUCUCCAGAUUUUCUCCAAGGCUGCAGCGUGGAGGAGAUGCACCUCCACUCGUUGCAGCUUUACCCACUCUUUACCAGUAACCAGUCAGUGUGUGUGGAUGAGCCUGCGUGUGUGUUCUGCUUCUUCUCUCUCCCUACUGCCGGCUACCUAUACAGUCUGAAGGGUGGAGUGGAGCUGCUCUCAGCCUAUCAGUACCCAGAGAAGGUGGUGGAUGCGGUGCUAACAGAUCACCUGUUGCACGUCAUAACAAAGAGUGCGUUGCAGUGCUUUACAGUGCGUUGCUCAGCAGUAGCGGCCAGGAUCGAAGACCCUUACAUUGAUACCACCAUGAAGGCUUGUCCACCGUACAGCCUGGAGGUGUGUGCUCUCAGAAUGCAGUUAUUCAUUGGUCUACGGUCAGUGUGCGUCUACGGCCGCCAUGUCAUCCUGCUCUCUGCUGCUGACGCAGAAAUGCCCGAGGAAACUGAACACAGCACACAGCGCAGAGGCCUCGAGUUGAAAGAAAACAACAUACUGGCAGAUAUUUUCCUUGCGGUGGGAAUCAAUCCCGCAAACACACCAGCUCUGGAGAACUUCCUAUCACGUCCCUUCUUGAGCAGGAAGUGGACAAUCUCCUCGCCCAAAGAAACCAGUGCAGUGGGACACGGGUGGAACCUCUAUGUUGUGGAAACAGUCUCUCCCCUCACACUCUACCAAGAGAUGGUUGAGUACAGCCAGCGCUAUGCAGAGACCAACCCCGAGGCCCAAAGUCUUCGGCACCUUCUCAGCGAGGCUCACCUCCUCCUCCGAGCCUCCUUACUGCAAACAUCAGAGCAGCACAGCAGCGAGGCCAACUCUGCAGAGGCUCUGCAGACACAACCAAGUGGGACAACUGAUAAAAAGACGACUUCUCUGACAGAAAGACGAGAGCUGGAGGAGGCCCUCAGGCAGAACUGUGCCCAGCUGGGAGAUUGCUUCAGCAGGGGCAACACGAAGGAUUGCCACCUGGCUUUGCCCUACUACAGGAUGUCUGGUCUGUCAGUCACUGAGGUCAUGUUCAGAAAUCGCCCACUUCCUGGCAGCCCUCACACAUAUGGCCCCGGCUUCCUUUUUUACCUGAAACACCACCUGUUAGAAGAGACAGACCAGAGCCUCAGUCAGGAAGCUGCUGAUGAGGUCAUUGACAUUUUCAGCCAGUCAGAGGCAUCGCUGCUCGUCAGCGUCUGUGCCAGCCCCUGUAUGAUGAAUGUCGAUCCUGCCCGGACACUACAGAUUUUACAGCGUCUGGAGGAAUCAGCUGGCGUGUGUGUGCCACUAACAAUCACCAUGGCAACCAUGAUGCUGCGUCUGGGCGACCUGCAGCAGUACACAGAGCUGAUGGGGCGGCAUGCUGAGAUGCUGAUGGUAUAUGGGUUCAUUGAGGAGCCCAGACUUCUGCUGCAUGGUGGUAGAGGCGGCCAGCACAUGCAGGUCCAUCCCACAGCGGUUACUCGACAGCUGGCGACCUCCCAGCCUGGACUGUUAGUGGCUGCCAUGGUCGCUUUGCAUGAGAACAGCAAAGUCCAGCUGGAUCAGGCUGAUCACGUAUUCAAGGAGCUGGGCUGCGAGCACAGUUUAGAUGUGGAUUUCUGGGAGGCGAUGCUCAUGGCCUCGUCACAGGACGCUGUUAUUCAGGAGCUCCUGUUCCGCCUGGCAUCCGUUUACAUCGACCGGCUGACAAACUCUGUCAGCGAUGCAUCUCCAAAACACAAGUCACUGAAGAGCGCAGAUGAUCUUAUCAAUUCAUGCUCUCAUUACGGUGCUAUGUACCCUUGGCUCUCUGUUCUGAAUCCAGCUUACACUGGCAGCUUCCAACAGCAGGAGGCACUGCACAAGCUUCAGUCUCUGCUGUGCGGCCCGUCCCUUUCUCUCGGCUCCAUCAUGCCUCUGUUGGAGCGUCUGUCAGAGGAAACCUUGUGGGGCUUCAGCCUGCACCUCCUCUGUGCCACCAGAAGGGGGCAGUAUGAACACAGCAUUGAACAGUUGCUGGACAGAUGUCCUCAGGCCAUCAUAGCCUAUGCCAACCACCACUUACAAGAAAGCUUUAUGGUGCUCUGGUGGAAGAAGCUGCUACCUGAGCUUUGUAACCGGACAAGAGCAGCGUCAGACAACAGCAUCCUGCUGGGUGCUCUCAAAGAGACUUUGGUCGUGGUCGCCAUGGAGACAAGCCCGGCCGAGUUCUUAGAGCUCAUCCCUGACGAUGGCACGGCAUCAUACUUCCUGCCUCACUUGUUGACAUGUAGUCAAAGACACCUGCUGGCAUAA